UUACUGAAAUUAAUGGACUUUUGCACGAUAUUCUAAUUUUCCGAGUUUCACCUGUAAGGUUGCUGUUCUAACUCUUCUAUUGACAGGUUUUUUUUGUCAGUCUUAUGUUUGCCCUGAUUGGUUAAUUCAAAGAAGAGUGGACAGUUUUAAUGUAUAAAAAGGGCUGUGGCUAGAACAGGAGUUAGUGAAAACUAAAACUCAUCAGAACUAAAAUCGCUACUGACUCAAGAGCAAAGAAGUCAGGAAGCUGAGAGCUUUGAAAUUGUUCUGAGAGCUGAAUCUGCCAGGGCUGGGCAAAGAGAGAGAGCAAGGUCUGCUGUGGAAAAGAGAGAGGCCAACUGGAAAGCUGAAGACAGAAGCCUACUACAGGAUGGAGAGAGAGAGCUGACUGCAAGAACUAUUUUGUGGAAACUUGGUUAGGGUACAGUAUAGUGUAGGAUAACAGAAUGUGUCUUUUCCAACUUGGAUUUGUUCCGUAUGGUUAUUAUUUUUCCUGUCUAUUUUCCCUAUCCAGGUGCGUUAGACUUCAGAAGAGGAAACUUCUCAAAAAUAAGGGGACUGGUAAAAAGGAAGCUGAAAGGGGAAUGUCAGGAGGGUUAAAUCACUCCAGAAAGCAUGGAGCUUAUUUAAACCCACAAUCAUAGAAGCUCAGUUGGAAUGUAUUCCCUCUAAUUCUUGCCAUCUCUGUGUGGAAUGAGUUUUGUUCUGAGCGGCAACAUCAAGGCAGUGUGCAUGCAUGUGCACUGAGAGGGAGACCUUCCUGAUUCAAUCUGAGCAGGAUCUAAAAUGAACUGAGUGGACGUUAAAAAAACCUGUGUGUGCACACAUGCGCAAGCCUUAGGGGGAACACUGGAUACCACCAAGUUCAGAAGGAUGCCAAUGUGGCUGACAAGUAGUGUUCAGGAAGCUAUAAAAGUGAAGACGACUUCCUUUAGAAAAUGGAAGUCUUGCUCAAAUGAAGAGAACAGCAAGAAACAAACUCUGGCAAAAUAAAUGUAAGGAGACAAUAAGGGAUCCAAAAAGUGAGCACAGGGCACUUUUCAGAUUAGCCUCUUAAAAGCGGCUAAAUGCUUCGUUCAGGCAAAUCGCAGUCAAAACGUAAAACCUGCAGGGGGAGCAGUCUCUCGCAAACUAACCACCUGGAAAAAUGACACCUUUUUUACACCAGAUGGAUGACGUCACAGCACUAAAUCGCAGCGAUUAAAUUCGAAACCAGGCAUCCAACGUAUGAAUGGCACUCUGCGGUCAGCGUCAGGACUGCAGUGUCACAGCACAAGAAGUGUGGAAGCACACUUCGGAGAUGCGUCCUGACCCUGUUUUAGGGUCUAAUCUGGAAAGCGCCCAGGAGAACCCCGUUAUUCAUGGGAGUUCCAUUCCAUGGGGGAGCCACAGAUACUGAAUCCGUGAAUAACGGGGCAUUAGAGCAAUGGGAAUCAGGGGUUAUGUUCCCAGGUACAAAAAAAUUAGCCGAAAAACACGGGUUUUGCCCGUUUUACCCCAAAUUGCCUCCAGAUGACUCCCCCAAGUGCCCUACUAUGCUGAAACCCAGCCGAAAAUCAGCCAAAAAUGAUGCUGAAAAUAAUUCUACCAAAGACAACCACAGGGCUCUGUGGUCACCAGGAGCCGACACCAACUCAACAGCACUCUUUACAACCAGCCAAAAAUCAUGAGCUUUGCCCCCGUUUCAGCCAUAAAAUGGCUCCCAAUCACUCUAGCAAUCAAAAUGGUGGCCGGAAAUGACCUCCGAGGUCAUUUCUGGCCACUUCGACCCGCAGAUACGCGGGUUUAACUCUUUAUUAACUGGGUUUCCCGCGCGUAUACCGAGGUCAGGUGCUAAUUACCUGACUGUGGAUAGGCAAAUCCAUGAAUGCUGGACCCACGAAUAGCGAGGUCUUCCUGUAAAGUAAAGUGUGCUGUUGAGUCGGUGUCAACUCCUGGAGACCACAGAGCCCUUUGGUUCUCUUUGGUAGAAUACAGGAGGGGUUUACUAUUGCCAUCUCCCGCGCAGUGUGAGAUGAUGCCUUCCUAUAUCACUGCUGCCUGAUAUAGGUGUUUCCCAUAGUCCUGAUAUAGGUGUUUCCCAUAGUAUGAACUCCUCUCUUAGGAGAGGAGAGCUGGUCUUGUGGCAGCAAGCAUGACUUGUCCCCAUAGCUAAGCAGGGUCUGCCCUGGUUGCAUAUGAAUGGGAGACUUGAUGUGUGAGCACUGCAAGAUAUUCCCCUCAGAGGAUGAAGCCUCUCUGGGAAGAGCAGAAGGUUUCAAAUUCCCUCCCUGGCUUCUCCAAUAUAGGGCUGAGAGAGAUUCCUGCCUGCAACCUUGGAGAAGCCGCUGCUAGUCUGUGAAGACAAUACUAAACUAGAUAGACCAAUGGUCUGACUCAGUAUAUGGUCGUUUCCUAUGUUCCUAUGUACCAGUGGGAUUCGAACCAGCAACCUCUGGCUUGCUCGUCAAGUCAUUUCCCCACUGCAUCACUUGACACGUAUAGUUCCUCAUACAGGAGGUCUGUAUGAGAAACUAAAAGUGUAAAGGGAAAUAAAAACUUGUUUAAAUAUAUCAGAAGCAGAAAACCAGCCAGGGAGGCAGUUGGACCCUUAGAUGACGAUGCGAAAAUAAUUACUAAGGAGAAUAUGGAGAUUUCAGAGAAGCUAAAUGAGUUCUUUGCAUAUGUCUUCAUGGUGGAGGAUAUUGAGCAUAUACCCACAUUUGAACUGAGCUUCUGGGUCAGUUUGAGGUGACUGGGUCUGGGCUGUCGGUGACUUACCAGGAGAGAGAUUUGGGGGUUGUGGUUGACAGCUUGUUGCAAGUGUUGACUCAAUGCGUGGCAGCUGUGAAAAAGGCAAAAUUCCAUGCUUGGGAUCAUUAGGAAGGGGGUUGAAAAUUAAAAAAAUGCUAAUAUUAUAAUGCCCUUAAACAAAUCUAUGGUGUGGAUGUUUGAGUGUAACUUCAGUGCCAGGUACAACUUUAAAAUAGGGACCAGAGGGAGCCUUCAAAAGUGUGCUUGAGCCUAGUCUAGCCUGGUCCAUAGUUGUAUAUAUUGUGGUUUACCCAGCAAUAAUACUCAAAGUUGUGCUCUGUGGCAGUAUUCCUGUUUGCCCAGCAGGGGAUGCUCUUGCUAUUGAAUGGCAUCACUGUACAUUCCACUUCUUGUGGAGAGGACAGAGCAAGGGCUGACCAGACUUCAGUAUGCAGAACUCACAUUUUGUGCUAUAGGGCCAGAUGCUUCAGAUGACUCCACAGUAGAGCUAAACUCCAUUAUAUAUGUAUAUAUACCUAUAAAUAUACAAAUAAAGCAUUGCAAAUGGCGAGCUUAGAAAAGGACCAUUCAUAUUCUGGAAACCCACAGCAGCCAUUGGCCACUACUGAGGAGUAUGCAACAUCAGAGGUUGUCGUCACACGCCGUUUGAGAGACCGAGAGCUACUCAGAAAAAGAAAAGCAGAAGCGGAGGAAAAAGACACUCACCAGUGGGUUCUGGGAGUCCAGAAGACGAGCAAACAGGCACGGCGGGGAAGAGGAGCUGGGAGAGGCCGAGGCCAGCGCAAGGCUCCAGAACUAGAGGCAGAACAGCAGCCAGCGGGAGCAGAGGAGACACAUGAGCCACCAGUGGCCUCACUGGAGGAGAAAGUGGAGAUCACGCCAGAUCCCCCAGUGGAGACUUCUGUCUCUCUUGUGGAAGCUGAAAGCCUGCAUACUCCAAAGGAAGUAGAUGAGGCCGCUCCAACAGGUUCCAGUGUUUGCCCAGUGGCAGAACAAGAGGAGACACCAAGAUCAGAAGAACCAGCAAACCUGGAGUCUCUGCAAAGUGAUACUUUGGGGAAGGAGUUCAGUGGCUCUUUUUUUAUUUAAACAUUGAGAUGCAAGCAGUAAUUGUCUCUGUCCAACUCAGAACACUGUGUGACCAUAUGAUACCUGCUAUUCUUGUAUGAGCAAUAAAUCUAGUUCCCUUGGCUGUCA